AUGUACGUCAACCAGAGAACAUGAUGCCUCCUGCAAGUCAACUCGUGUCGUGUACUCUAGCUAAUAGAGGUAGCUAGCUAGCUAGCUGACAAAUUACAGCUCUAUUGUAUUGGAGAACGCGGCGUGACAGCCCGCUACAGUCGUAAAUGUCCUCUGUCGUCUCGUGGGUCUGAGGGGUCGUUAAGGUUCAAACUGGCUCGGCGACCGAUAAUUGUUUUUAGUCUAUUUUAAAUAGACACAGUUUUGCGGAGGGUUGUUUCCCAUCCUCGUUAUCUGUGUACGCUCAAGUCGCGAGCCCUACCUCCUCUCCCAAAACCCCAUUUAUUACAGCAUGGUCAUGGCUGACAAUCACCAAAAACCGAUGGUUCGGGGUCCCGUCCGAGUGGGCUUCUACGAUAUCGAACGUACUUUGGGAAAGGGCAAUUUCGCCGUUGUGAAGCUGGCUAGACAUCGCAUUACCAAGACUGAGGUUGCCAUUAAAAUCAUAGACAAGAGCCAACUAGAUGCUGUUAACCUUGAGAAAAUCUACCGGGAGGUACAGAUCAUGAAAAUGUUGGACCAUCCACACAUCAUAAAAUUAUACCAGGUGAUGGAGACCAAGAACAUGCUCUACUUGGUGACUGAGUAUGCCAAAAAUGGGGAGAUUUUUGAUUACCUGGCCAAACAUGGGCGACUGAGCGAACUUGAAGCACGGCGCAAGUUCUGGCAGAUCCUAUCUGCGGUGGAGUACUGCCACAACCGCAAUAUCGUUCACAGGGACCUUAAGGCGGAGAACCUCCUGCUGGACGGGCAUAUGAACAUCAAAAUAGCAGACUUUGGCUUUGGGAACUUCUUCCAGCCUGGGGAGCCCCUGGCCACGUGGUGUGGCAGCCCCCCCUACGCUGCUCCAGAGGUGUUUGAGGGACAACAGUACGAGGGGCCCCAGCUGGACAUCUGGAGUAUGGGGGUGGUGCUUUAUGUUUUGGUGUGCGGCGCUCUGCCCUUCGACGGCCCCAGCCUGCCCGUGCUCCGACAGCGUGUCCUGGAGGGCCGCUUCCGGAUCCCGUACUUCAUGACAGAAGACUGCGAGCACCUGAUCCGGCGGAUGCUGGUCCUGGACCCGUCCAAGCGUCUAUCAGUGGCCCAGAUCAAGGAGCACAAGUGGAUGACACUGGACGUGCCUGUGCAGAGGCCUGUCCUGUACCAGCAGGCGGCGCCCCAGGAGGGUGACGUGGGCGUGGGGGAGUACAGCGAGCAGGUGCUCAGGCUCAUGCACAGCCUGGGCAUCGACCAACACAAGACCAUCGAGUCUCUCCAGAACAAGAGUUACAACCACUUUGCCGCCAUCUACUACCUGCUGGUGGAGCGUCUGAAGGCGCACCGCUGCAGUUUUCCUGUGGAGCAGCGGCUUGACGCGCGCCAGCGCCGACCCAGCACCAUCGCCGAGCAGACCGUCGUUAAGCCGAGCUGUGGCUCCCCCCAGGUGGGUCUCAUGCCCCAGGGUGUUCGGGGUCUCCUGCGCUCCCCGGCCUUGCCUCAAUCCUCUGUUGAUGCCUUCAUUUUCCCCCAGUCGCCACUCCCUCCUGAACACGGCCUGAUGGCGGAGGACGUGGCCACUCCUAAGGUGAAUGGCUGCAUGCUGGAUCCGCUGCCCUCCACGGUGCUGCGCAAGUCCAGCGUGUCGUCGCCUAGUAACAUGAUGGAGACGUCCAUCGACGAGGGCAUUGAGACAGAAGAGCUUGACGCCGAGGAUGACCCGGUCCACCUCUUCUCUGCCUUCCAAACGGCCCGCUUUGGCCAGCGCCGACACACCCUGUCUGAGGUCACCAACCAGCCCGGGGCUGUCAUCAGCCAAGGUAAACUGUUCACCAUGGGCCACAACCCGUCCCUGGGCAGCGUGGACUCUGACACGGGCUAUGACAGGGGCUCUGUGCACAGCGACCUGAGCCUGCUGGAGGACGCCCCGUCUCUCAGCGAGGUGGUCCUGGCCAGCGCCCACGCCUCGGGGCCCCACGUGGCCCAGGGCCCCUUCGUGAGCCAGCGGCCCCCUAACCCCGCCACGCAGGCCCUGAGCUCCCAGAGGAGGGAGGCCCACAACCGUUCGCCCAUCAGCUUCAGGGAGGGCCGCCGCGCCUCCGACACCUCCCUCACACAAGGUCUAGUUGCUUUCCGGCAGCAUCUCCAGAACCUGGCGAGGACCAAAGGCAUCCUAGAGCUGAACAAACAGAUGUAUGAGCAGAUGGGCUCUGGUGAGGACCCGUCCUCCAUGGGGGUCCAUGGGACCCACGCACCCCUACAGAACCUUCUAAACCCCAUGCUGCAGGGGGAGGCAUCUAAACAUGACGAUAACCUAGCUUUAUACCAGGGUGGAGCCCAACCUCUACUAUCCCGAAGACAGAGCCUGGAAACACAGUACCUCACACACAGACUACAGAAAUCUGGUGGUAUGACUAAUGUGAGUCCUGCUAGCUGUCAGCUCUUCUGUAAGGAGAAUCCUCGAAGUCUGGAGCAACAGUUACAGGAGCACAGGUUACACCAGAAGAGGAUGUACCUCCAGAAGCAGUCCCACCUACAUGCCUAUUUUAACCAGAUGCAGAUAGUGGAGGGUUCCUAUCCGGGGAACCCAGGGGCCCCUCCACAGCAGCAGGGGCCCAUGGCCGGGUCCCACCACCAGCAGCAGCAGCAAGCCAGCUCCCAUUCUUCACCUCCCUAUGCCCACUCCCAGGCCCUCAGCCCCUUGAUGGAGCCCAGUGGAGACCUGGUCUACGACCCCUACAUGGUCCAGCACUACCCCCACUCCCACCUCAGCCCAGGACUCAUGCUACAGAACCAAUCCACGGAGGCCCUGGGCUACAGUUACCAUCCGCAUGACCUGUCCCCAUCCCCCCAUGAGGCACUUUAUCCAGAGCAAUACGAGUUCACCCUGGACGCCCGGCAGCCGCCCACCCCCGGCCCUGGGGAGGCCCCUGGGGUCGGGUACGAGGGGCUAGCACUCCACACCGAGCUCCAGGGCUCCUUUCUGGACGGCGAGAUGAUGGAGACUGUAGACUCACAGCAUGGCUUUGUACUGGUGAACUGAAGCCGGUAGGACUGCGGGGUGAAAUCAGUAUUACCGACAGUUGAGAACCUACACAGCAUUACAGUAUGUCGUAGAUGUGGUGGAGUUGGUUUCGGGGUCAAGGUACCGGGGAUUAGGAACAUUUUCUAUCAAUGAACACGUUUUUUUUUCUUCUUUAAGUUGUGGUGAACCAACCUCAAAACCUUUCUACCAAAAUCCUCCCUACCUCCUUUCUGCCCACGCCUCUGCUCCCACCGGCCACAUGCCAGGACCAGACCGGGUUCUGCGCGCCUCAGAGAUGGUGUGGCAGCCUGCCUGGCCCGGUGUUUGCAGGCAGAAGUUGCCACGAUGGACGUGUCGCGUGUGAAAUGACACCGCUCCACGGGAACACAACUGCCUCAAAGCUACCUACCGCCACAGCAGCUCGCUGUAGAGCCCGGGCGGUGCAGGAAGACGUAGCACAGUUAGAACGUUUCCGGAAUAUGUGCGCAGCGGGAUUUGGCUUGCCAGAAUGCACAAACUGAAACACUAUUUUGUAUUGAAAUAGGAUCACUUUCUUGAAAACACAUUGUGUGUUUGAAGUAGUGAAAAGAAAUCGAACAAGAGACGAAGUAUGAAAUUAAUGCGCGCUUGAUAAGUGCAGUAUUAGUCAAUAUUUUAAUGUGGCAAUAUUGAAGCAAUAUAUCGUGGGAGGGAAAGCCGCAAAUUGCUUUUUCCUCAGUAGAACGUAGUAAUCACAUGAGAUUUUCCGGGAGAAUUCUGGUUUGAUGACUCAUUUCUAAUACGUCAACAGAGACAGCUCAUCCCCCCCAGAGACCAUGAUGAUGUAAUCAGGAGAUAAUCCCCCAACCAAUCCCAUCACUCCGGGUAAAAAAAUAAAUAAAAGAGGAGAAAUCUAAUCCAAUCAAUAGCAAAUGAAAAGAAACAUGAUUUUUUUUUUUUUGCCAUUUUGCUUCUUUUUUUUUUUUUUAUUGGGUAGAUAUAAAAUUACUAGUAUGUGAGGCUCUUUGCUCCAAAGGAAGGAGUCAGAGACCCCAGUCAAAUCAAUUGGUUGCACUAGUGUUGAGUUAGUGGUGAGGGUUUUAUCUCCAGAUUGCGUCCUUAUACUGUACCUUUGGUAUGCAGCUGAUGGACCUAAUAGUGUUGAUACCUGAAACAACUAACAUUCGGAGUUUAAAUAACUCUAAAUACCUUCUGGGUUUUUGAAGGAAUGUUUUUCUCUAACUGAAAAAAAAAAAUGUGUGGACAGAACGUUAGUCACCGACUCUGGAUUAAUUUAGUCAGGUUUUACCAUGGCGCUCUACUGCAACAAUCUUAGGAUGGAAGGAGACGUUUUACAGCACUUAAAACUAUAAAAUCUACUUGAAGAAUACAGAUUUCAGAAAAAAUAUGUACAACUUUUCAAGGAAUAAUAGGAUGAGAAUAACAAAUUGGUCAAAGCAUAGUCUGAAUCCCAAACUAUAACCUAUUCCCUAGCUAGUCCACUGCUUAAGGGCAGAGCCCUAUAUUUCCUGGCCUUAAGUAGUGUAUAAUAUAGGGAAUAUGGUGCCAUUUGGGGCAGAGGCAAGAAAUGGACUAGAUUACAGGAUUGUUUGACUACUGGAGCACUUUUAGAAGGUCAAAAGGAAAUGUAUGGGGAGGUGGAGGUAGUUUAGCCUAGUCUGCUGCUUCCCUGGGAGACUCAAACAACAAACAAAAGAAAGGGUCCCAUUUGGCAGCCUUUUUUCCCCAGUAAAUGGAAAAAAUACAUUGUGUUUUUUUUUUUUUUUUUAAAGAAAGACCAGAGAGAAUAACACUUUAUUGGUUGUUCAUUGUGCUUUGUACAAAUUAGGGGUUUAGUGUGUUCUCAAGAUCAGACACAGUUUUCAGCGUGACUAGUGUUCAGUGUGUGCCUUUUACUUUCCAUUUAAAAUUUGAAUAUAGCAUUAAUUUCUGGUUUUAAUUCCGUUUAGUUUUUAUUUUAUUUUAGGGUGUCCAGAAAUAAGUAGACCCAGGUUUUACCAAGGUACUAAACCAAAGUCCCCUCAGAAGUGUCCCUGUACAACCCCACCAUGUGGAGUUUGGAGCUUCUUGGUUUUAGCUUCUUGACAGUUCUUUUUUGGUCAAUCAGUAUAUGCCAUUUAAAAAGUAUUAUAGCAAUAUUUCUCAGUAAUAGUUGAAGAUAUUAAGAAAAUAUAGAAGAUUAGUAGUGGAUGUGUUUGAGUAUCAUAAUUGCACCUCCUGCUGACAAACACCGUCUUUAGAAAAUCAAAUUUUAUAUUUACCUUCAUUGAUGUUGACCACACAUAAGCUAACUUGCUGUUGAGAUUAAAAAGGUUUAUCGAA